GAGCUUCUUCACGCGACAACACCAACGUCUCAUCUUGAUACACCACCACGAAACCUCCUCGAAACCGAAUCUUUCGCAUCGCGCACGACGAAAACCUCUAUCUAGAACACCACCGCACAAUUUACGACGCCGUAGACGAGAUACCACGAUUCUGAGCACUUCAGGCGCAAAGUACCAAAUACGCAAGCAUGGCGACCAGAGAGAAGGGCGGCCGGGUGGUCUUCAUUGGCAACAUCCCAUAUGACGUCAGUGAAGAGCAAAUCAUGGACAUCUUUGGCCGCACAGGACAGGUCGUGGGCUUCAGAUUAGUAUACGACAAAGAGACGCAACAACCCAAAGGCUUCGGGUUCCUGGAAUACACAGACGCGGACUCGGCUGCGUCUGCUGUGCGUAAUCUGAAUGAUUUUGAGCUGAAUGGUCGGACCCUGCGAGUGGAUUACAGCAACGACAAUCGCGGAACGACCAACAACAAGGAUCAGAACCAGGAGCACAGCAAUCGAGCACCUCCACCAGCACAUUUCAAUAUGAACCAAAGUGCCCCUCCCAACGCUGCAGCUCUGCCGACUCUUCCUCCAGGAACGGAACUCCCGCCAGGUGUCACUGCGAUCGACGCAAUCAGCAAAACGAUUCAAGCCAUUCCCACCCCACAACUACUCGAUCUCAUCAGCCAAGUCAAGGGCAUUUGCACAUCAAAUCCAGCACAAGCCACCGCGCUCUUCCAGCAAGCUCCGCAACUAGGAUAUGCCAUCUUUCAGGCAAUGCUCCUGCUCGGUCUCGUGGACCCGAGCAUUGUCCAUCAGCUCAUCGAGAGCACUGCACCACAGCAAGCGCCUGUCGCUCAACCGCCGCCGAUGGCAUACCCGCCUCAACCUCCUCAGGGCUAUCCUCCACCGCAAGCUGCGGUUCCCCAGCAGUAUCCACCACAGUACGGCGCUCCUGCACCCUACGGUCAGUCGUACGGCCAAACGCCGCCAGUUCAAUACCCUGCAUACGCCCCUCCUCCGCAACAGGCACCAGCACCAGCACCAGCUCAACCGGCAAUGGAUCCGGCUAUCAAAGCACAAAUUAUGGCUCUUACGCCAGAUCAGAUCAACAAUCUACCUCCAGAGUUUAGAGCGCAAGUGUUGCAGCUGAAGGCUACCCUCGGAAUGUAG